AUCUUUAUCGAUAAAUUGAGGAAUAUCCUAAUCAAUCGAACACUCUUUCGGGCGCCAGCGAGCCCAGAACACCAUCCCAGAAUUCACAAUGGUGCGGCUCAAAGACCGUUACCUCCUCGUCAACAUCAUCUACAGUGAUGUCCCGCCAGGCCAGGCAAAAGGCCCCGUGCCAGACCUGCUGCUGUACAACCAGCCGACAAGCAGCGAGCUGCGACCGCAACUGCUGCUCAAGGCCAUCCGCAGCGAGGUGGCCGCCCUCUUCGGCGACUGCGGCGCCGGCGCCGUGGACCGGAGUCUGCAAGGUGAGAGAGAGAACGCAAUUGCUCAACACUCUGAUUCUUAUCUUCAUCGCACUUCGAUUCUCUAACCGCUAAUCACAGUAAAAUACCUCUCCCCAGCGACAUCCACUUUCAUCUUGCGGGUCUCGCGCGCUCACUACCGCCUCGUCUGGGCCGCCCUCGCCUUCAUGAGCCGCGUGCCCAUCCGCGACGGCCGGCCGUGCAUCUUCCGCGUGGUGCGCGUCAGCGGCACCAUCCGCAAGGUCGAGGAGGAG